CCAAUUUCUUAUCCGGAUCACAAUACGCUCUCUCGCUAUUACUGCUUCUUUCUUUCCCUUUCCCUUUUUCUUCUUUCUCUAGACAGAACCGUCUGUCUGCGAGCAUACAGUCAUGUCGAAGUCAAUUGUUCGUUCGAUCAAGAACGUAACCAGCGGAUACACCUCCGCCCAGGUCAAAGUUCGCAAUGCUACAAGUAAUGACGCGUGGGGCCCAAGUGGCGCCGAGAUGGACGAAAUUGCGCAGCUCACAUUCGACCAAGAACAACUCUUCGAGAUCAUGGAAAUCAUUGAUCGCCGACUCAACGAUAAAGGAAAGAACUGGCGUCACGUUCUAAAGGCUCUCAUUCUUUUAGACUACUGCCUUCAUGUUGGCUCGGAGAACGUCGUCCGAUGGUCCAAAGACAACCUCUACAUCAUCAAAACCCUCCGAGAAUUUCAGUAUAUCGACGAAGAGGAUCACGAUCAGGGACUAACAAUUCGAACAAAAGCAAAGGAGCUUACCGCUCUCCUCCACGACGACGACCGCAUCCGUACUGAACGAGCUAACCGCAAUCACAUGCGCGAGCGCCUUGCGAAGGCAGACGACGUGCUCGGAUACGAAGGCGGCUCACGCCGACGACGGGAGCGAGACGACAGCGGACGCAGCACUCCCAGCUCUCGCAGCGGUGGUCGAUCGCGACGCAACACAGUCGACAGACGUGAAGAAGAUGACCUCAAACUUGCAAUUGAGGAAAGCAAGGAGACAGCGCGACGGGAAGAGCAACGACGGAUCGCUCGGGCAUCCGGCGAGAUCGGAUUCGGUGUCACUCGGACUGAUCAGCAACACCAAUCCUCGGGAGCCAGACCAACCACCCAGCGACAGGACUCUGGCCCCAACCUCAUCGAGCUCGAAGAACCCCAGCAACUGCAGCAGCAACAGUACCUCUCUGUCAUCCAAACCGGCGCUUCACCCCAAUACACCGGCGCGUUUUCUCCCGUCGGAGCUAUCUCCCCGAUUGGCGCUGUGUCUCCUCAGUAUACUGGCAUGACCCAGCAGUACACUGGAUACCAGCAGCCUCAACAGCAACAGCAACUACAGACCGGCUACCAGCAACAAUUCCAGCAACCGACAGGUCUGCAGCAGUAUCCGCAGCAGACUGGUGUCCAGAUGCAGCAGACAGGUCUGAUGCAGCAACCAACCGGCAUGCAGAUGCCCCAGUCUACAGGCAUGCAACAACCACAGGCCACAGGUUAUGGUUAUUCCCAGCAACAGCAAUACCGCCCGUCGCCGCUUUCAUCUGACUUCACCGGUGUGGGCUUCGGAGGAUACUCCAGCCAGCAGCAACAGCCGAAUGCAAUGCAGUCUAUCCAGCAACAGCAAACGGCAUACCCUGGUCAAUUCCAAACAAUGCAGGGUACAGGUAUGCUGCAACAGCAGCAAACUCAGAGCGCGUACCAGCCUUCAGUGAGCUCGCCGCUCGCCGCUCAGCCCACUGGCCGGAACAACCCGUUCCGGCAAGCAUAGAGAUCACUGCUAGAUAGUGUUUUUUUGUACAUUUCCCGAUUGUCUGUUUUCAUGUAUUUUCUAAGUUCGAUUGGUGACGUCAUUCAUUGAUUCUUAUUGCUAUUUCAAUCCUUAUUGCUUCCGAUCGCUCUCUUUUAGGGACUUUGUUUUGGCUUGUUUUUGGUAAUUGUUUAUUGUUGAGAAAGUGGGGAGUUUCGAGUUAGAAUAGAGCUUGACAGUCAAUGUCUUAUUGUCUUAUAUGGAAGCCACUGAAGAUUAUAUUACCGAUUAUCAACAAAU